AUUAUUAUCGUUAUCACUAUAAAUUUGGACCACUUUCGUUAAUAAACUAUUUUUAAGAAAUCCAAAAAUAUCUUGGAUUGUGCUCAAAGAAAAAAUUUUUAUUUUUAAAUUGUUAAAUAUUUUAUUUAAGUGAAAAACUCAAAGUUUUUAUUAAAUAUGCAUUUUCAUAAACAUAGAAUGUAGAGUAAAUGCGCAAUACUAGUUUGUUACACAAAAAUAUAAAUAUAUUUUAUAAAAGAAUUUAAUUUUGGAACCUCAGAGAAAUAAUUUAAUUUCGGUUUUUCAAGAAAAAAAUUAAUUUCGGAUAAAAAAUUAAAACAAAAGCUAUUCCGACAACCAUGACCAGAAAAAGAAAAUUCUUUUACGAAUGGUUUAACUUGUUGGCUUUAACAUGGAUUGUGAUUUCUGACAUUUGUCUUAACGCAUUAUGUCUGAAAGACUUAAAAAUAUUUGUACCAGAAGCAGUGAUUAUGGGAAAUGCUGCAACAUUAUCAUGUCAAUAUGAUUUAGAACAGGCUGCUUUAUAUUCUGUACGCUGGUAUUUCGAAUCAGAAGAAUUUUAUCGUUAUGUACCAAAGGAAACACCGCCAACACUUGUUUUCCCAGUUUCAGGAAUUAAUGUUGAUGUGUCAUCAUCAGAUGCUACUUCUGUUACUCUAAGAAGUGUUACACGUGAAUUAUCUGGUAAUUAUCAAUGUGAAGUAUCAGAAGAUGCACCAUUAUUUCAUACAGAUAUAAGAUCAGCGCAUAUGCAAGUAAUAGAAUUGCCGAAAGAAGAACCGGUCUUACAUGUAGAUAAAAGACUUAUAAGUUCAUUAGAUUCAUUAAAAGCUACAUGUACAGUUGGUGCUUCAUAUCCAUCAGCAAAUUUUACUUGGUACAUUAAUGCCAGACGUGUUUAUAAAACACCAUUUCAAAGAAUUAGCUAUUCACCAACAAUUUCAACAUUAGAAAUGUAUCCACACAGUCAAAUUAUGCAAAGUAUAUUUCAAACUGUACCAAAAUAUCAAACAAGUAUUUUGGUUAAUUGUGAAGUUUCAAUUUUACAUGUUUACCAUAAAAAUGUACAACAACGUGUACAAUUAAGUAUGCUGCCACCAACAACACAUUCACCGAAUUUAUUACAUUUGGAAGGUUCAAAACGUAAUGGUGAUCCAGAUAAUUCAGCAUUAACUGGUUCCAGUUCAACAAAAUGGAAUUUCUUUAGAUUAAAUUAUUUUAUUUCAUUUAUAAUAUUAUAUAAAGCUUCAAUAUUUUUUGUUCAAAUUUUAGCAAAUAAUAUUAAUAAUAAUAAUUAUUGUAAUAUUUUAAGUAUUUUAAAUGUCAUUUCAUAUGUUAAUAAUGUGUGACGUAAUUAAUAGUAGAUAUUUAUUAUAUAUAUAUACAUACAAUGGUAGAAUGAGAGUAAAAAUGAUGAUAAUGAACAAAAAAUUUCAA